AUGCUGCCCGGCCGCCUCCUGCUGCUGCUCCUGAGCAUCCCAGGUUGGGGCUGGGCGCACAGCCUCCCCGAGCCGGUGCAGGCCCCCGUGGGCGGCUCCAUCCAGGUGCAAUGCCACUACCCGCUCCAGGAGGUGCGGGCCCCCAAGCUGUGGUGUCGCUUCUCCUCCACCCGAGGCUGCCAGCCCCUGGGGUCCUCGGCUGUGGAUCGCAGAGCCCCCGGGAGCCGGCGGACCCUCCUCACCGACCUGGGCGGGGGGCUGCUGCAAGUGGAGAUGCAGUCGCUGCGGGAGGAGGACGCGGGCGAGUACGGCUGCGUGGUGGAGAGCGCCUCGGGACCCUUGACCCUGCACACCAUCGCCCUGCAGGUCCUCCCCCAAGGUCCUGGCCUGCAAGGGGAGGAGGAGGGGGAGGAGGAGGAAGAAACUCAUAUGAUGGGCAGUCUGGCCAAGGACCCAGUGUUGGACCCUACGAGCAGUGCCAAUCCUGGGGAGCUCGGUCAGCAUGAAAGGAGCAUCCCCUUGAUCUGGGGUGCUGUCCUUCUGCUCAGUCUGCUGGUGGUGGCUGUGGUGCUGUUUGCCCUAGUGGCCAGAAGGAAAGGGAACAGGCUUGGGGUCUGCGGCCGUCUGCAGAAUAGCAGAAUUUCAGGCAUGGAUUCCUUGUCGGUAGUCAACCACAUCAGUGAUUCUGGACCGGCUGCUGGAUUGCCUUCGGAUGUACCAUACGUCAGGCUCGACUCGCCACCUUCUUUUGAUAACAGCACCUAUACCAAUCUACCUCUUGAUCCCCCCGUGGGGAAAUCUCCAGUCUCACCCCCGUCCUCAGUGCCUGCUCUACCUCCGAAGGUUCUGAUGUCCUCCAAGGCUGUAACCUAUGCCACAGUCAUCUUCCCUGGAGGGGACAAAGAUGGGAGGGCAUCCAGUGAGCCAGCUCAGGAUCCACCUGCCAGCCAAACCCCACCAAGCUAAUUCAUUCACCAUGUGGAUACUCAGGGAACCACAAAUUCUGUGUACCCUCCAACUAGCUCGUGCCUUAGACCUUGGAAUAGCUGAGCAACGAGGGAUGUUAGGAUCAAAUCUAAUAUCCUGUCUUGACUAGUAGGAAAGUUAUGUGUAGAUCGGACUGAGGU